UCUGUUUGCCUUGAGAUAGUGUUUUCCAUUCCAUGUAUCCAAUGCAACGCAUGCUAGCAUGCUGCUUGCUGGCCGCCACUCUGUCCAGGAUCGAUGUCUUUGCCCGGGACAUUGGGGAAACCAUCGAUUUGGAGAGGCUGGGCAAGUUAGUAUUGCCCUCUGGUUUGCAGACACGAGUAGUCGGUGGUCAUGUCACGACCAAUGAGAAACUGGGCGGCUAUCUUAUAGCAUUGCGCUACCAGAAGGAGUUCAUUUGCGGCGGCACUCUUCUCCAGGACCUAAUCGUCCUGACGGCGGCCCAUUGCUUCAUCGGCAGGCCAAAGACCGGCGAAUGGGUGGCCAGCGGUGGCAUCUCGAAGCUCAAUGAAAAGGGUAUCCAGCGUCAAGUCAGGACAAUCAUCAAGUCCGCCCAGUUUCGGGAAAGUGACAUGAACAUGGAUGUGGCCAUACUACGGCUGAAAAGCCCCAUGAAGGGCAAAAAUAUCGGAAGACUGUCUCUGUGCUCCACGCCCCUUAAGCCGGGUCUGCAACUGGUGGUUUCCGGAUGGGGCAUGACCGAUGCCAGAGGCGUUGGCCCGGAGACACUACUGCGUUCUGUUACGGUGCCAGUCGUCGAUAAGAAUAAAUGCCGUGCUGCCUAUCGGCAAUCGGUCAAUUUAACAAACAGCAUGUUCUGCGCCUCACUUUCGGGAAAAAAGGAUGCCUGCACUUACGACUCUGGAGGACCAUUGGUCUACAAAAAUCAGGUCUGCGGCAUAGUGUCCUUCGGAAUCGGAUGUGCCAGCAGGCGUUAUUCCGGGGUCUACACCGAUGUUAAUUACAUAAAGCCCUUUAUCGAGAAGAGCAUUAAGGCGUUAAAACGUUAAAUAAAUUGAGAAAUUGUAUGGGGAAAAAAAUAAAUUAUAAUAGAAUACCCAUUUGAUUAUGUAUUAAAUAACUGAAUUUAGUCUCGCAUUAGUGGC